AUGCAUGGGCAAAAUCUGGAGGAUUUAGGUCACCUCUACCUGACUUGGUGUCAUAAUCAGCCUUUAGCUUUGUUUGACAAGGAUACCUUUGUGCAGUCGCUACCGAAGCGAAACCGGGAACUGAUCUUGGUGUUGCAAGCGCUGGCAUUUCGAUUCCCUCCAGGAUCAAUCACCCCCCAAUACUACGGACAGCUCAGCUCAAUGGCUGAAACAGCCAGGCAGAUUGUUAUGAACCGAAUAAUGGAUAGACGAGUGGAUCUUCCAACCUUGCAAACAUUGUGUCUUCUGAGCGUCGUUGAUUUUGCAGAUGGCAAAACGAUUCAGGCCGCCUUAAAUUUGAAUAUAGCAAAUCACCUUGCACAAAGCGUUCCUCAGAGCAAUGCGCUGGAUGACCCGCUGGAAUGGAACGAUUGCAUGGGAAGUAUUACAAUUCUCAGUUACCUACAAGGGUCUGUCUCCUCAACGGCAAUGCCAAUCGGCCAUCCGAUCUAUCCACAAUAUCCUAUCAAUUCCUUGUGUGGUCCUGAAACGAUAAGAUGGCGAGACAGUCGUCCAGUAGGCCAAUUCAGUAAAGGUAUUCUCAGAUUCACCACACCUCUAGCACAAGCUUGGCAGAUGGCGAGAACAUAUGCAACCUCUCGUGUGGCUCACGACGUUCUACCACCUUGGGACCCGCAGUCUGACUAUUCCCGGGUGAUGCAGCGGCAUCUAGAAAUCGAUUGCGGCGUUCCGCUGAAGUAUAGAUUCGCUGCCAACAGGCUCGAAGAUGAAGACUCCGCUUCCUGCCAACAGAGACGGGACUACUGGGGCCCAUGGCUUUUUACUCAGUUUAUCUACGCGGCCAUUCCAUGUUUACUGAACCAUCCACUCCUCCUGUCCAUGAGGCUACGGAAUUUCCGGUACACGAUACCGCAGGCCUUUAUCCAGCAGUCGUUUGAAGCAAUCUCUCGCAAUUCAAGGUGGAUUAUGUAUUACCUCGACUUGCUCGAAAGCAAGUCGUUUCAGCUGUCGGAUCCAGCUUUGGCGCAUUGCGUUGUCAUUAUAGCUACCAUUCAUCUGCAACACAGCUUCGUCCAAGAUCCUUCACUUCGCAAUAAAGCAGAAAUGGGAUUUAAAAGAUGUCUGGAUUUUCUCUACCGCAUGGCGUCUGUCUGGCCCAACGUCUCAGCUAUGUGCCAAAACCUGGAAACGCUGCGACAGAGCGUUCAUGUCGUUCAAUCACCGGACGCUACACAAGAAAUGCGGUCGUUCUCCAUCAACGGCCAGUUGCUAUGGGAUACGUUAGCGUACGAUAGAGCUGGACUGCCUAACGGGCAAGCUGACGAGUCGAUGUUUAGCGGGAUAUUUGUGCCUAACACAGAGCGUCAAGGAGAUGAAUUAGGCUCUGCGGCUGAAUUUGACUUGGUUGGUUCGAUCGGGAUCUCGGGUCAUAAAGCGAUUCCAAUGAAAACACCACUGUUUCCCCCCGAUGGAGAUGCCAGUGCGUCUACCCAAGGAUCGUUUGGAAAUAUACCUGGAAUAAGUUCCAACUUCGACAUGGGGGUCCCUGUCGAUGCUCCAGGGCUAAACGAACAAGAAGGCUUCUUUUUACAACCGACCGACUUUGGUCGUGCGAUUGACGACUGGUUGAAUUUCGAGUUGAAUGGGUAA